AUGUUGAGUGAUUGUAUUGAUAUAUCGACGUAAUCAAAGGAACAGCAAAAUUAAGCAUCCAGCUAUCCUUAUUUCGUAUAUAAUUUCCCGCCUGCCCCGUUAAUGGAGUUUCCAAACACAUCAAUUCCACAACUCCAGAUGAGGAAUUCAAGUAAACUUACCAAAUAUUAAUUAGCUGAUUCUGUUUAUAAAGAUAACAUAUAAAUUCCUUCAUUUCUGUAAGGAUUGUCUGUGCCAAGCUUCCAAUUUAACAAUUCUAAUCAGUUUUGUGUUAAUGAAUAAAAAGUAUACAUACCACCAGUUGCAAAUUCGUUGGCUUCGUAUUUCCAUGAUUAAUCAACCCAAAAACUGAAACAAGAAUACAAAUAAAACAGAAUAAUUGUUGGAACAUAAACACUCUGUGAUAUCGAAAUAAUUCUUAUUUAAAGAUAUUUUGAUAUUAAAACAUAAGUAUUUUUACAUAAAAUCUAAGUUAUUUUGCCCUCCCAAUAUUAGAUAUACAUUGAAUGAAGAUAAAGCUAUUUCGAACUUGACAUGGUUAAAAGACAGAAUCAAAAACAGAUAUAAAAAGCCGGUAACUACAUAAUAUUUAUUUUUAGAUAAAGGACUCAAUGUUCGAUUUGAUUAAUGUACUAGGAAAUAUGAAUGAAUAAGAAAUACGUCAAAUAAAUUGUUUCUAAUAGUUCUAAAGUUAAGGAUUUGAUAAUCUUGAGAAAUAAGUACCAAAAUCAAUUAAAGAAGAGAAACCAUUUUCUGAGAUGAUGUUUGAAAUCUAAAUUCUGAUUGCUUAAUUUUUAUUGACAAAAUUUUGA